AAGACCGGCUGUAGCAACUUGAUGAAGAAGAUGAGCAAGUUUAUAGAAGACGAAGACGAACAAACGCCGUAUCGAACCACUGCGCAUAUCAAGGAGGUCCUCGAUAAACUCCACCUGCAGUACACCACAGACCGUCUGAACGUCAACACCGACAUCACGGAGUGUUUCGUGCCGGGCUCGGAGACCGGGAUCCUGCUGCUGGACUUCCUGACGCACACGCCGCACUUCACCGAGACUGUGGACCCGGAGGACCAGAGGGAGAUCACGGACUACAUCCGGGGCCCGGACUGCGCUGUAGAGCAGGACGGCAAGAUUCUGUUCAACAACAGCUCCGAAAUCAUCGUCAUACAGAAACUGGCAGAUGAUUCAAACUGAUCGAUUACAACAUUGUUUUUUGAUAACAGAUAUCAGAGAAAAUAGGAGAUUCAUAGAAGGAGAGAUCUGGGACAGGAUCUGGGGACUAGAGAGUGACCCAGAGAGAAAUCUAACGUUAAAAAGAUCGAUAGAGAAAGGGAUGAGGCGGAAAAAUAACAGGUUGUUUAUUUCCAUGUUGCAAUUUUCCAUCGUCUGUUACCAUGAUUAUCUAGGUCCAUGGUGGGGAAGAGUUGUAUAAAUAUAUCAGAGAACAUCGACAAUCAGACAUAGAUAUUUAACAAGUAACCUGGUUGAUGAGGGGUGAGUAUGGGAGCCCUGGUGAACUAUUAAAUCAGGCUACAAGUAAAUUAACAAUGGUUAGAUUUUGAGAAUGUUGAAAGUGGGUCUAGGUCGCGGUAUUCGAGCGUCACGUAGAAAGAAGCU